AUGACGCUGUGGAAUAUUUUGUGGCGCAAUUUGCGACUGUGCAUCGCACGAAUGGAUUUAGUGCUUUACUACACUUUCACUGUUUUGGAGUGCCCUAAGCUACGCGUCAAGAAGGCAACAUGGAUGCAUCUACCUUCACGAAUGACAGUCUUUGCUUUGGUUCUAUCCACCUACUUCCUCGUCACUGGAGGUAAAGCCUCGGCCAUCCUUUCCUUUGUAGGUAUCAUAUUUGACAUCAUUAACGGACCACCCAGUGUUGGUACGGAAACUGACGCUAGGGGGAAUCAAAAGCCGGUAAAUCAGUACAUAAUGGAGGGUCUUCUGUGCAGUUUCAUGUUCACAAUUGGAGCAGUUGGAUUCAUCUUGCUUGACGUGGUUAACGAAGCUAAAGUGUCCAAACUGGCUCGAACAAUCAUGCUUUCCUUGGGUCUCGCAUCUCAUACCGAUUUUAAUGCUCCGCUUACGAGAACAGUCACCGGAACAAAAGGCUCCACAUCCUCUCAAGGUCCCUUCUUACAGCCUCCUGCUCACUUGAACCCCUUCUCUGGCGCUUGA